AUGAAGUUUAGCAAACAUUCCAGUGACGACCACAGCUGCGAGGCCACGAACCCCAUUGACCAGUGCUGGAGGUGCCGGGGAGACUGGGCCAAGAACCGCAUGAGGCUCGCCGACUGCGUGCUCGGCUUCGGCCGCAACGCAACCGGCGGCAAGGGCGGUCCAAUAUACAUAGUGACCGACCCGUCCGACGAUGACGUGGUCAACCCCAAGCCUGGCACCCUCCGGUAUGGCGUGAUCAGAGACGAGCCACUCUGGAUCAUAUUCGCACGCGACAUGAUCACAAAGAGGGAAUACACCGAAGAAAGUGAGUGGAAGAGUUGGGUGUGGAAAUCAGAAGGGGAUUUCUUCGUGAAUGGAGCUUUCUUCGUUGAAUCAGGAAUCCCAGAUCAGAGCAAAAUGAUAGAGCUUUCUUCGUUGAUCACUGCCAAGCCUGGGUCCAUGGCGUCCACUCUCACUCGCUACGCCGGUGCUAUCCACUGCGAAGAAAAUAAGGGUACGCAGAAGGUAAACGCCUUGGCCUAUAAUUUGGAAGGCAAGCAGUCCAAGCUCUCACCAGAUUUCAAUUUGGUCUUUGGGGAACAAUGGAAGCAAGAGAGUUAG